AUGCCUCCAACCCAGUGUUUUAACUGCAAAUCCGCGCGAGCGGUUAUAAUCCGACCGAAAAACCGCCACAAGCUCUGCAAAGAAUGCUUUCUAGCCAUAUUCGAAACAGAAACCCACCAAACAAUCAUAAACAGUUCGCUGUUCGCCCCGGGUGAACGAAUCGCUAUUGGCGCGAGUGGUGGAAAAGAUAGUACCGUUCUUGCUUCAGUGUUAAAAACGUUGAAUGCACGGUAUAAUUAUGGCCUUGACCUCGUUUUGCUUUCUAUUGACGAAGGCAUAAAGGGCUACCGUGAUGACAGCCUAGAGACAGUGAAACGAAACGCGAUCCAAUACGACAUGCCACUGGAAAUAGUCAGUUAUGGAGAACUAUAUGGCUGGACAAUGGAUCAGGUUGUUGCAGAGAUUGGGAAAAAGGGCAACUGCACAUAUUGUGGUGUCUUUCGACGCCAGGCGCUUGACCGUGGCGCUGCAAAGUUGAAUAUCAAGCACGUUGUUACUGGUCAUAAUGCCGAUGAUGUUGCAGAAACAGUAAUGAUGAAUCUGCUACGUGGUGAUCUUCCCCGCCUUGCUCGCUCGACUAGUAUCAUUACAGGUUCGGCUGCGAGUGAUAUAAAACGGAGCAAGCCUUUGAAGUAUGCAUAUGAAAAGGAGAUUGUCCUAUAUGCCCACCACAAGAAACUUGAUUAUUUUAGCACCGAGUGCAUAUAUUCCCCAGAAGCAUUUAGAGGAAGCGCUAGGACUCUUAUCAAAGAUUUAGAGAGAAUUCGACCCAGCGCUAUUCUUGACAUUGUCCGGAGCGGGGAGGACAUGGCCAAAUUGGUGCCACCUGAGGUAUGUGGAGGCUCUGGGUGCUCAUCUAUAAAUGCCAAUGGAGUCGACGAGCUCUCCGCAGGUGGCUGUGGUAGCCAGAAUGGAAGAAGCAGCGGCGGGGAAAUGGCAGACAUGGAGAAGAAGCUCACAGAAGAUGAAGCCGCCAAGCCUCGCGAGAUCGAGAUAUCCCUAUCUUCCCUUCCCCAGAAGCCUGGGAAAGCUGCCUCUACACAGCCCCCUGCAGCGGCCCAAAGCCGCGACAAAAAACAGAAGCCCCUAAAGGCCCAAACGAUGGGACAGUGUGAGAAAUGCGGUUAUAUGUCAAGCCAAAAAAUAUGCAAGGCUUGCAUGCUUCUUGAAGGAUUGAAUAAAAGCCGACCAAAAACGAGCGUGGAGCUUGUUGUUGGGGUUGAGGAGGAAGAAGGCAGCUCAACGUUAAUGAGACAAAUGGAAAGCAUUCAGCUAGCUGGAAGCUGA